CCCGAGCCUCGCAACCUGGCAGCACGCACGCACACCUCUAUCUCUCUCCGUCUAUUUACAACCCCUCCGAAACAACCCUCUGCGACGAUAUCACGCACAGCAAUGGCGGCCAGUCGAAACCACUCGUUCCCGUCUUCGCAUAGCAGCGCUUCCGCACAGUCCAAGUCGCACGUCCUCGCCGGCGUGCAGGACGCGUACUGGAGCGACGACGAGGCGGAAGACGCGGAGUGCCCGCUCUGUCUCGAGGAAAUGGACAUCUCGGAUCUCAACUUCAAGCCCUGCGUGUGUGGUUACCAGAUAUGCAGGUUCUGCUGGCACCAUAUCAAGGAGAACCUGAACGGCCGCUGCCCUGCGUGUCGGAGGGAAUACUCGGACGAGAAUGUGCAGUUCAAGCCGAUCAACAAGGAAGACCAUAAGCGUCUGAUGCAGCAGAAGAAGCAGCGGGAGCGGGAGCGCAAGGAGCUCGACGCGCUCGGCCGGCGCCACCUCGCGAACGUGCGCGUCGUCCAGCGAAGUGUCGUCUACGUCGUCGGCAUCGGCCCGCGCUUCGCCAAGGAGGAGCUCAUCCCGACGCUCCGCUCGAACGAGUACUUCGGGCAGUACGGCAAGAUCACGAAGAUCGUGCUCGUGAAGCGCUCUCCGCCCGGCGGCCGGUCGCCCGUCGUCGGAUUGUACAUCACGUACCACCGGCGUGAGGACGCGGCGCGCGCGAUCGCGGGCGUCGAUGGUGCGCCCUCGCCUGGCGGCGGGAAUGAUGUGAUGCGCGCGAGCUACGGGACGGCGAAGUAUUGCAUGGCGUUCCUCCGCGGGCAGACGUGUAAUGACCACAGCUGUAUGAACUUGCACGAGUGGGGAGAUGAGAAGGAUUGUUUCACAAAGGAGGAUUUGACGACCUUGAAACAUACGCUGAAGGAUAUGGAGAAUCGGCCGAGGAGUACGUUCACGAUCAAGAAGGCUGAUGAGGCAGAACCUGGUCUACCACGCGGCGCAUCAUGGGCACAGAAGGGGUCUGGGAACUCCGCAUUGCAUAAUAAUAGUGCGGCUGCUAAUCAAGCGUCGACUGCAAGAAGCAGUCGGAGAGGAGGCACUAGACAGCCUCGAAUAGGUGCUUCCUCGUCAACUGCCCCUUCUACUGCCGAAUCGAAGGCAUCCGCCCCACGUCACCCUCGCACUACCGCUGCUGCUGCUUCUGCCAAGGCGACCUCCCAGCCGUCGUCGUCCAGACCGCCUACGCCAGCUAGUACAGCUCCGAGACCCAGCACACCUGCAGACGCGAAGAUAGCCCGCGUGAAGGAACAGGACAAGACGCCGCCCCGGUCGCCGACGUCUUCUGUUGCUGUCGAAUCUGAUGUAGGAUCUCGGGACGUGGCCUCGCCUUCACCAGCACCGCGGCCACAGUCCGUGGAUUCUGUGCAGUCUUCUGUACCGUCUGCGCCUCCGGGACUUUCUGGUCCACCCCCAGGGCUCACCGCACCUCCUGGUCUGCCUCCGCCCAAGCGUCUCCAGACAGAGUCUCCGCAGAUCGGCAUGGUACCGUCGCAGUCUUCGUACCAGAUGUCUGCGCAGAUGCAGGCGCUCUUGGAUGAUGUCAAGGCACGGCGGGAAGCACCGACGACGACGAGCGGAACUAAUCCCUUCCCCGACCUGGAUCGCAUGCUGCAGCAUCUGCAAGGCGGCGAUGAGGGAGGAUUCAGCUUCAACCUGGAUCCUAAGCUCGCGAGUGACACGAAUGAGGAAGUUGAGCUCGUUCCACCGUUUGAGGCGGAGGCGAAUAUUCCGUUCCAAGGUAACUACCUGGAUACCUUCCCUGGAUUGAGGUCGCCGCAUCUAGCGAACCCGUACGGGACGCCGCCUGGUCUUGCUAUUCCCCAUAAUCCGAGUCGGCCCCUCUACGAGUCGAUGGCGAAGGGGUCUCCACUGUCGCAGAACUACAGCGGUUCCUUCAAUCCUUUCGCCGAGGCUGGUGAGGAUACCUCGGCUCCGACUGGGCGUUCGUCUCUCAGCGGAUUGGACGAAGAGAGGCAGGUGUCUCGAUUUGGCUUCGCUCGUGGGCGCCAGGGAUCGACUGCUACCUCGUCGCCUCUUCACGGGUCACCUAUAACCGCCAAUGACAGCUUUUCACAUGGGCAGUUCUACAGUUCGCCCAGGUUGACCUCCCCCACCGCCAACCCCCAGCCUCAGCAGUGGCACUUCCCGACGCGCCAGCCCGAGUACACGCAGCCUGGCUCGAACAUCGCGUCUCCCCUGGUUCAGAACGCGCAGGCUGCGUAUCCCCAGCAUCAACCGAGUCGGUUCCAGCCUUUCGACGACGUCGUCAGCGAAGCCCAGUUGAGAGACUUCAUACGGUCAAGUCGCGAGAGGGAUGCGUCCAUGCGCAACGUGGCACAGUAUGACCAGCAACCACGGCAUGCGAAUUCGUUUCACUACAGUCCCGCUCAGCCAUUCAGUGACCCCGCUAUCAUGUCCUCGGCAAGGUUUUCGUCUCCUGUGAUGACCACGGCGGCGGCGACAGUAGCAGCAGGUUUCGCGACUCAGCAUUCGUCGGACAGCAUCUCUGCGGUUCCUCCAGGCUUGCAUUUCGCUGAAAGCGCGAUGUCGAGCCCCGUACCCUCAAGUAUUCUUGCGCAUGGCACCGGGAGUGGCCCUUCUACGAAUAUGGAGAUGUCCCAAGGAGGGUCCUCAGUUCAAGCGUCAAGACCCGUUUCACCCACCCAACCACUUCCUGCCCUGUCUCCGACGGAAUUCCCUGCGUUGGGUGCCGAUAAUCAGGCAUCGAGAGAGGGACAGCAGGCUUCGGAAGGCAAGGCAUCUCCUGCCGAGACUAGCGCGCAGGCCAAAGCAGACAAGAAGGCAGCGAAGAGAGCUGCUGCAGCCGAGAGGGCAGCAGAGCGACGCAGGAUUGCUGAGGAGAAGGCUGCUGCGAGAGCUGCAGAGAAGGCCAAAGUCGCAGCGGAGAAGGCGGCUGAGAAGGAGAAAGCCGCAGCUCUGAAAGCUGAGAAAGACCGCGUUGACAAGGAUAAGCUCGAGAAGGAGCAAGCUGAGAAAGAGAAGCUCGAGAAAGAGAAGGCUGAGAGGGAGAGGCAGGAGAAAGAGAGGGCGGAAGCGGCUGCGAAGGAGAAAGCUGCGCGAACUAGCUCUACUCCGGACUCAGGCUCUGGCAAGAAACAGACCGCAGCUACCAAGGCUAAGGCCGUCGAUUCGCGAGAGGCUUCACCUGCCCCGAGCAAGAGUGGAGGCAAGUCAAGGACACGCCAGAGCUCCAGAGAGCCGUCGCCGCCCCCGUCAAGGCUGGACCUUACAGUUCAAGUCCCGAUCUUGUCGAAGAUGCCCAAGAAGAACAAGCCUGCCACGAAGCCUAUCAAGAUCCCGAAAGAGGAGGAGUUGGCCUCUGAAGCGGCUUCAGCGCUUCCUGCAACGCAAUCGGACGGACCUCAGGGAUUGCUCGUCAGAGCCACUCACGGGAGCGCAGUCUCGUCUAAUAAUUCAAGGGCGCAGUCCAUCGACAGGAUGCCCCUGUACGAGCCGACGUCUCUAGCUCAGCUAUUCGCAGAUAUUGACCAGCAAUGCCCUUGGAUGCGUAUUGCUGACCAUCCGGUCUUCGAUCUGUCGAAAAUCAAUCCCGCUGCGAAGAUGCCCUUGGAGUAUGGACCCUUGGUGCACGCGCUGUCCGCUCUAUCGGUUGGCGGGGGAUCUUUCGCCAAUAAUAUGCCCUCUGGGUCGAUCGACAACGCUGUGUCGUCGUUCCAGCAGCUCCUGGAGACGUUGACGCAGACCAUCUCGGACCUCCUCCGUCUCUUACCUCGCACCACCUGGGAUGAUAGUUCGUCUUUCGAUGGUGUUCUGCGCGAUAUGCUGAAAGGUGACGAUUUCCUUGAUGAAGGCACCGAAGAAGGAUCCGGUAGGGAUGACGAGGUUGCGGCGCUGACGCUCGCGCUGGAGCGUCGAGCUCGCUGGAUGGAAGUGCAGCUCUCGAAGCUAGAGGAGCUACAUCGGGAUAUCAAUACAGCUGCAGUUCGGGCCGUGCUUGCGUUCAACGACAACGGCUGGGAUCGUCAAGGCUGGCUGCCCCGUGUUGGCAAUACUCUCGCGCGCUUCGACAAGCUGGGGCUGGUUGAGGAGAAUGGGGCGUUGCGCCCGAUGACGGCGGAUGAGUUGGAGAAGAAGCUUACUGUUGCGAAGGAGGCUGCUGUGUUUGCAGAGACUGAAAUGAGGGAGUCUGUGGAGAGGUUGCAAGUUUACAGGCCGUAUGAAGAAGAUGAAUACUAAGUACAAGUAGAGCAUGCAAGAAUAGACGAUCUUUUCUGUAAUCCUGAUCCCCGUCCUCGGUAAUUGCGGAUGUCGGGGUGUCUCUGCAACUUCGGCCACCCUUUAGUGCUG